AUGAAAAUCCUUGGAAAUGGGUUUAUGGCUCAAUGGGCACUACCAACUAUAGCUCUAGUAGGGCAAGAUGCUAGAGGUCCAUCUGGUGUUUCAUCUCUCAUAGCAACCAAUAUGAUGGGUCAAUGUUCAUGUGGGUUUUUCCAUCCUCAAGGGAAUUGUUUCUCUGUUCUGUUCUCCAUGCCUAACCAUAUAAUACCUAUCGAUGAACCAGAAUCUUACACUAUAACCUCACCUUCUUCAUCAUCUGUGGAUUGCACCCUUUCUUUGGGUACUCCAUCUACUCGCCAAACAGAAGAAAAAUCCAUCUCCAAUCAUCGAAAAUCUCUGUGUUGGGAUAUUUUCCAGACCAACAACCCACCUUCAUCAACAAACACCCACAAGAACAGCCGUGGUGGCAAUGGCAAUAGCUUCAAUGGUGACCCUCUCUUGUCUCGGAAAUGCGCAAACUGUAACACAGCUUCUACUCCUCUCUGGAGAAACGGCCCCAGAGGCCCCAAGUCGUUGUGCAAUGCUUGUGGAAUCCGUUAUAAGAAAGAAGAGAGGAGAGCAACCACAACAGUUAACAACACAAGUGCUGCUACAGGGGGAACGAUGGAGUCGCAGUUCUUGAUGAGUCAACAUCAUCAAAACUCAUGGGGUCACCAUGAGGAAACACAGAAGGUGGCUUCCAUGUCACCGGCAGGUCUGGGUAAUGAAUUCAGAUUCGUCGACGAUGAUGAUCGAAAUUCCACCGCCUCCACCGGUAUUCCUUUCCUUUCGUGGCGUCUCAAUGUUCCCGACAGGCCUAGUUUUGUUCAUGACUUCACAUGAUUGAUUUGAUUUGAAGCAACAGAUGGUUAUGAUUAUAGAUGAUUAUCGUAUACUUUUUCUUUUAUAUUUUGCA